GCCAGCAGCUGCAGGGCCCCGAAAUCAAAAUAACAGACACAUGCCGCAGACCGCUGGCUUUUAUUGGUUCUUAUAAAGAACAAACAGUGGAACGCUUCAGCCAGCAGGAAUGUCUCGUGUUGGAGAAGGUGAUCCAAACUUCUGCCCAGAAUGUGGGAACGUUCUUCCUCUUCCAGGAGUAUCUGAGAGUGUUUGCUGCCCGCGCUGCUCCUUCUGCAUCUCUGUGGCAGAGUUUUCUGAACAUGAAGUACGGUCAACGGUGGUCUUCAACCCUGUGGAGGAAUCGUCGGUGACUAUUGACGAUGAUGACUCUGAGCUGAAGGGGCCUGUGAUUGACCGGCGCUGCUCACGGUGCAACAAAGAAGGCAUGGUUUACCACACACGGCAGAUGAGGUCUGCAGACGAAGGACAGACGGUCUUCUUCACCUGUAUCCACUGCAGGUUUCAGGAGAAGGAGGACUCCUGAUUCCACCCCCCCACCUCUCCCUGUACGACCUUGAACCCCUAAAACACAGAUUAGAAGCAAGAGUUGAACACAAGUUUUCUGGUAAUUUUCUGUUUGUAAUGACAACAAAUCAUAGAUCUGUUCCAAACUAGUUUAAAUCAGCUUGUGUCUAAGAUCAGUUUCAAAAUAUUUAUUAAAGGUAUCAUUUUAUAAUUGUUCUAAACUUUGUUUUACAAGAUAUUUUACUAUGAAGAACAGACUCCAGCACAAGUGUUUGUUUUGUAGCUGAAUGAAUUAAAUGAGUUGUGACCAUCAAAUGCCAUUGGUUAGAAUACACAUUAAAGAUGUCCUGAUGAUUCCUGUAUUUGUCUUGAUUUUACCUAAAAUCAGUAUGAAUGUCUGUGUGGUUCUGAAACGAACAAUGUAUUACAAAACUAUUACAAGUCUCAUGAAAGAUUACUGCAGUUGAGCUGCGACAUGUCCAGUAAAAUGUUUUUCACACAUUCACACUCCUAAAAGAAAAGCAUCAAAAAUAAAAACAUCCUGCAGCCCCCACCCACAAGUGAUGCACAGCUCUGAUUGGCUGACAGUCUAAACAGGUUGGACUACUCUUCAUAACAUUACCCCUGGAAAUGUGCAUUAAUUAGUAAAAUGGCUCCAUGUCUGUUUUUGUAUAACCAUACUUGUAUUUCUAUAUAAUUUUUUAUUUUUACUCGGACUACACUUGUUUUGUAACUCAAAUAUCUGAAUUUUUUCUCUGAUUUAUGUAUAUUAUAUAGUACAUUUGUGAUGAUAUGUUCCUCGACAACAGGUGUAAAAGUUAAAAUAAAUACCACAGAGGAUAUUAUUA